AUGGAAAUGCCAAAGUGGAUAGCCUUCCACGACAGCAGGUCCUCAGCCACACUCCGCCACUUUCUACCGAAGAACUCCGACCUUCGGAGGAAAGUCAAUCAGGGACCGAUCGGUUCUUCCAAUCAAAGCACACCUGUGUACACUCCACACGCUGGUCCUGGAUCUGUUGCCAAGACCUCAUUGAGCGGUAUUAGCGAAGAUGAUGGCGAACCGGAAGCGGAUUUGCCAAAAGCUGCGUCAUCUGCUAAGUUUACUCGCGACCUCCUUCAACAUUUGGCAGCCAUAGCCUCUCCCGCUUGGCGGGAACAUCCGCUCUCAGUCGGCCUCUAGCUCGACGGUUUUGCUGAACAAGCGAAUCCGAUUACUACUUUCCGGCGACUCGCUGCCAACGACAAGACAACCUUCGUUGGGAGCGGCGCCAACCCUAUCAGCUAUCCGCCCUGUCGAGGAGUGGUGAAUCACCCCGAGCCUCCACGAUGA